CUAAAAACCCCCCACCCAAAAAAAAAAAAAAAAAAAAACAGAGAGAGAGAGAGAGAGAGAGAGGGAGAGGGAGGAUCCCCUCUCCAAUUCGACCCAAUUCCAUCUCCAUUGUGCGCGCGAAGGAGAGAGAGAGAGAGAGAGGGGGGGGGGGGGGAAGGAAUGGGGAACGUGACGUCGUCGGUGGCGGCGAAGUUCGCGUUUCCGCCGGAGCCGGCGACGUACGAGGUGGGGGGAAGGGAAGGAGGGGGAGGGGGAGGGGAGGGGAGGGGGAGGCGGAGGUGCGGGCGGUGGAGACCGCGGGCGAGCGAACGGGUGGUGGCGGCGUUCUGGCGGCACCCGGGGGCGCGGCUGACGGUGCUCUACUCGCACGGCAACGCCGCCGACCUCGGCCAGAUGCUCCACCUCUUCCUCGAACUCCGCGCCCACCUCCGCGUCAACAUCAUGAGCUACGAUUACUCGGGUUAUGGAGCCUCCACUGGGAAGCCAUCCGAAUUCAACACGUACUACGACAUAGAAGCUGUAUACGAUUGUUUGAAGAAAAAUUACGGGAUAAGGCAAGAGGAUCUGAUCUUGUACGGCCAGUCCGUCGGUAGCGGGCCGACGCUGCACCUGGCCGCGCGGUUACAGAGGUUGCGAGGCGUCGUCCUUCAUAGUGCUAUUCUCUCGGGCAUACGGGUCUUGUACCCCGUCAAAGUCACAUUUUGGUUCGAUAUUUUUAAAAACAUCGAUAAAAUACGGCAAGUCCACUGCCCUGUUUUUGUCAUACAUGGUACCGCCGACGAUAUCGUCGAUUGGUCUCACGGUAAGCGCCUGUGGGAGUUAUCAAAGGAGAAGUACGAGCCGCUCUGGAUAAAGGGCGGCGGCCACUGCAAUUUAGAAACUUAUCCGGAGUACAUCAAGCACUUGAGGAAAUUCAUUAGCGCAAUGGAGAAACUCCCUGCAUCUAAACAAUCGAAACAAAGCAAUGCGCAGACGUCGACCAUUACCGAAGUAAAACACAACAAGUGCCUCAGAUUUGGCAAGAGAUAGCUCGCGUUACUAACUGCGUCGAUACUCAGAUGGAAAUUAAUGUUUGUUUAAAACUAACAAAGGCGGAUUAGAGCUUCAAGAGUGCCUAAACGGCUUUUGCUUACCGAAAAAGGGGCUUUUACGGGGAUUUCGCGUGAAAUUGUGAUGCGUUUCAGAUGAGGCCCAUAGAGAUUUGCUCUGAAGUUGUUUUCAGAAGUUCAAAAGCCCCAUUUGACGAAAGCCGAAGGGAGAAACAACACUUUGGAACAUUUGGUAGCAUUAUACUGUUUCUUGUAUCAAAUAUGAGCUCCUUAGAUAAAUGUCUGUACUAUUUGCCAGAUACAUGGCUUGUGUAAAACACGCGCUAAUUCUAAAUUAUAUGUUUGUUUUCUUUGUUACUUUUGAAUCAAA